CUUCUUAACUUACGACAGGUCACUUCAGCAUCCCAAAAAAUGAAUUUAUAUCAAUAUAUUAUCAUUUUUGGGUUUUUGAGCUUGACUAAAAAAGCGACAGCGGAAAACGACUUAUCUACAGAAUACAAUAAUGUUGUAAGACUGAUGAACAUGCAAAAUACUAUCAUCAAUAAUUUGCAGAGACGAUUAGAUAAACUUCUUGAAGAACGGAAUAUGCGUGAGGAGAAUGUGUAUCGCCUGCAGAGUCAAGAAACAGGAAAAAACAAAUGUGAGUGCAAUCCAGGACCGCCUGGACCUCGUGGACAGAAAGGAGAACCUGGACCAAGAGGACCUCGUGGACCAUCAGCACUACCAAGUGAUGAUGAUAACAUGUGCUUGGUGGUAGUAGGAAGAUGUCCGAGAGGAUUUUUACCAAAUGCAAAUUACGGCAAUACUUUGCAAAGAAUAAUUAAUGAUCCACUCAUUCAGGUGUGCUGCACAUACUUGGUCCAAGCUGAAUUGAUAUAA